AUGAAGAAGGCAUCAAAAUCAUCACCUCCACCACUCUCCUCCUCCACUGUUGCCGCCGCCGUCUUAGAGCAGCCUUUUCCUUCCCUUCCCACACCACCACCCCACCCAACCUACUCCUUAUCUACAUCAUCUACAACACCUCCCCCUUCCCGAAACCCUUAUCCUUUACUAACUCCUCCUCCCCCACCCAACUACCCGCCUCCUUUCUAUUCGAAUUACCAUUUUAAUUUCAGUCAGUCCAGUUAUGGUACUAGAUCUAUAAUCUAUCAAAAUCAGUACCCUCCUUAUUAUCAUCCUCACAGUAAUAACGGAUGGGGUGGGUAUCGACCUCCGCCGCUACCUCCACCGCCCGUUACCGACAAUGCCGUAUGUGGAUUAUCAAAAUGCGAAGAAGAUUAA